AUAGUCUCGUACCAUUCAUCCUCCCUAUUCCUCCCCCCAAAGCUACCUCCCCCUGGAGUCGGGAUCUGUCUCUGCACCAGCACGGACAAUGGCAGCCGAGUCUCAGGGACGCAGAGCAUUGAUCCUCUACGGUUCCGAAACAGGAAACGCGCAAGAUAUCGCAGAAGAGCUUGGUAGAAUUGCACAACGCCUGCAUUUCGACACCCACGUCUCUGAGCUCAACGCCAUUAAUCUCCGUCAGCUCGUCCAAUACUCGGUUGUCCUUAUAUCCAUUUCAACCACUGGACAGGGAGAACUGCCCGCCAACGCCCAGACCCUCUGGAAGUCUUUGCGGAGCGCGCGUCUCCGGCCAGGAUGCCUACAGCGGAUGAGGUUUGCUUCUUUCGGCUUGGGCGACACCUCGUACCCUAAAUUCAACUGGGCGCAUCGCAAAUUGUACAAUCGUCUCGUACAGCUUGGGGCGCACCCAGUAUGUGAUCGUGGAGAGUCCGAUGAGCAGCUGCCCGAGGGCGUAGAUGCAACAUUUCUACCGUGGACGACCAAGCUCCGCCAACGUCUUCUAGAAGAAUACCCCCUUCCAGAAGGCCUCGAACCAAUACCUGAUGAUGUUUUAUUGGAUCCUAAAUGGCUCCUGGAUCUCGCAAGAGAAACGGGUGAAACUACUAACGGGCACACAACUCAAAUUCCGAGCUCGGACAUACCCGCUCCAGAACGACCUUCAAAUGAUCUUCUUUCUAUCAAGGGUGGAUUAUCAGCCAAAGUGCUCUCCAAUGCCCGAGUCACAGCAGAGAAACAUUGGCAAGAUGUUCGCCAUCUUACUCUCGAAGUCCCCGGAUAUCACCCCUAUGUACCAGGAGAUGUUCUCACAAUUUACCCCAAGAAUUUUCCUAAUGAUGUUGAUGAGUUUUUGAAAGUAACGCACUGGGAGUCCAUGGCAGACGUCCCUCUCAAAUUUAUACCAGGUCAACCCAAUGUCUCGUCUUCGACACCAUUACCAGUCCCACAUAUUUCUGCUGAAUCUGACACCACCCUGCGAGUUCUACUGACCAACCACUUGGAUAUUAUGUCAAUCCCGCGGCGUUCCUUCUUUGCCCAAUUGGCCCACUUCACCAAUGACGAGUUCCAACGGGAACGGCUCCUUGAAUUCAUCAAUCCGGAAUACAUUGACGAACUUUAUGACUAUACGACUAGACCGCGGCGUAGUAUAUUAGAGGUCCUGCAGGAAUUUGAAACGGUCAAGAUACCGUGGCAGCGCCUUUGCUCAAUCAUACCUGCUCUUCGCGGCAGACAGUUCAGCAUUGCAAGUGCACAGUCCCCUACUGCAGAGAGCGAAGGGCGGACCCGUAUCGAGUUGCUCAUCGCUAUCGUCAAGUAUCGGACUGUCAUCAAACGCAUUCGACAGGGUGUCUGUACGCGCUAUGUCGCAUCGUUCGAGCCAGGACAAGAGAUAGCUGUCACUCUCCACAAGGGAGGCCUAGGGGUGACGAAAGCAGAAACGGAGAAGCCUGUGGUCAUGAUCGGGCCAGGAACGGGUGUCGCUCCCAUGCGGGCAUUGACUUACCAGCGCAAGCACUGGCGCAGCGAGCAGGGAGGUGCCAGCGUUGAUGAAAACACAAAAGACAUCUUGUUCUUUGGCUGUCGAAAUGCAGAGUCGGACUACUUUUUCAAAGACGAAUGGAAGGAGCUAAUAGACGGCGGUGCACCAUUUGAAGUUUUGCCCGCCUUCUCUAGGGAUCAGCGACAAAAGGUGUAUGUUCAAGAUCUCAUAAGGCGGGAGAGUGCCAAGGUUUUCGAUGCAUUGGCCAGGAAAGGCGGUAUUGUCUAUAUUUGCGGUUCAUCGGGAAAGAUGCCCCAGGCAGUGCGAGAGGCUCUGAUAGAAGGUUUUCAAAAACAUGGUUCGCACACUCGGGAGGCUGCUGAAGCCUAUUUAGAAUCAUUAGAGAAGAGCGGACGCUACAAGCAAGAGACAUGGUAGACGUAUAGCUCCUUCGAUUUAGAAAAAGAGGAUAGA